GACUCGGCUGAGUCUUUUUUGCUCGAAUCCCACGGAUCGCGUAUCUCGUCUAUGCUGUUUUAAGGAAGACUCCUUAUUCGUUUCCCUAAAACACCUACAAUGUUGGCUCUACGUUGCAGUAUGACGGAUACGGUCUCGAGGGCGAGCCAGGCGCCGAGCCUGCUGCCCAAACAGGUUCCUUCGUCGUCGAAGCUCGACGAUUUUGUAAAUAUGUAUAUACUGGAUAAAGCCUUCUAUCGGAUUUUGGAAGCCUAUGGUAUGCCGAACGAACCAGUCACGUUCUGGAUGAUCCUCUUCUACCUGAGGAAGCAUAUCCUGUCUAAGGGUCUUUUUGACCCGUCAAGACCGGACGUCAUCAAGUGCUCCGGAGAUCCACUCGGGACCUUGUUCAAGCGAAUCUCGUUCACCAAUCGGGAGGCUGUAGAUUUAAUCAAGCGACACAUAUCGCCAGUGUUCACUCAGAAGCUACACGACGUGGGAGGUAACUCGCCCAACGGCUCGAACUCCGAAGUCGACGUGCUUCAUGGGGUGACGGAAGCCAUGAACUGCUUGUCUGAUCAGAGCUCCGAAGUUGAUCUUGAAAUCGAAUUCAGCGGGAGCGAUGACAAUGACGACAGCAGCAGCACAACGAACCUCUCGAUCUUUGAGGAGUUCCAUGAAAAGAGUCUAAUCAAGUCAUUCGUUCGUACGGAGUCCGAGGAUGAAAUAAGCAUUGCGAGCUUCCAUUCUUGCGAAACCGAGUACAACGAAUUCGAGCCGUACAGCGAAGUCGGUUCAAAUGAUGAUCUCCAUUCUUACUCAAGCGACAGCGAUCUCGAAAUUCAUAUUGUCGAAGAGAACAUUAUGGUCGAGAGCAUCGGAUAUACGGAAGGUGACGAUUUUUUCGCCGAUAGCUCCGAUUGUGACUCCUCCAUUACUGCCAAUAAACCUGAAUGUCCGGUUACCAACCCUUGGUUCUGUAAGUGUGUCAGUGACGAAGCUAAAACUCGCAACGGCUUUUGCCAUAACUGCUGGACUGCGCAAUUCGGCUGGCGGAAGGAGGAGGACCGUAGGAUCCCGCCAAGCAUUGCCCGUAGAAAGAGAAAGUGUACCAAAGAUAAUGAAGAAAAUAGCCCGAGAAAGGUGCUCAAAGUUGAAAGUCCCGAACCCUGUGAUAGACAGACAGCAUCAUCUCCUUUGACCGAAGGUGAAUUGUCUUUUUCUCAAGGACAACUGUCAGUCGACUCUUCUAGCGAGCCGUCGGCCUUGGAUCUCUUGGGCUCGUGCGUGAUGUGUGAAUCGAGACCGAAGAAUACGGCUAUCGUUCACGGCCGCUCCGCUCAUAUUGUGGGCUGCUACAAAUGUUCACGAAAAAUCCAGGAGAAAAAUUUGAAAUGUCCUCAAUGCCGUCGAGUUGUUGAAAGAGUUGUGCGUCUGUUUCUUUGAUUAUACAUUUUUUUGCGUCAAGCUCUCGAUUGUUUGUAAUAUUGUAAGGGGAGAUGAAUAAAAUUAUCGACGAAGCUCUCACGAGAGGUGUGAGAAAU